GAAAGCAAAGUCCUGCAGCUCAUUCUGCCCAGCGGGUCACUGACUCGGCCCCUCUUGACCAAGCGCUGCUGCUGGAGCCGGGGGACCCGGGGCCUUCCUUGGGCGCCUGGUCGCACAGAAGGGCAGAAGAGAUGGCCAGCUGGCCCUGCCUCCUGGUGCUCGGCCUCUGGGCGCUGGCCCCGCCGGGGAGCGCGGCUUGCCCCUGCCUGCCUCUGUGCCAGUGCUUUGGCAACGCCACCGUCUUCUGCGCGGGGAAAGGCCUCUCAGGCGUCCCAGACGAGCUGCCCUCUGGUGCCACCCAGCUGCUCUUCGUGGGAACGUCGCUGGACUCUCUCCCGUGCCGUGCCUUUGCCCCGCGCAGCAACCACAGCAGCGCCCUGGCCAAGCUGUCCUUCCUGGACUCCCCGCUCCGCUCUCUGUCCAAGUGUGCCUUGGCGGGGCUGCCCCACCUGCAGGAGCUGGACGUCACCCUCAGCCAGCUGGCCAGCCUCCCCCGUGGGGCCCUCCUCGGCCUGCGCAGUCUGAGCAAGCUGGCCGUCAAGUUCGGCCCCCUCGAGACCCUGGAAGAGGGGCUCUUCGACGGCACCCCGGGGCUGCAGGCGCUGCACCUGCAAGGGAACAGGCUGGCGGCUCUGCCCCCACUGAUCUUCCACCCGCUCGUGGGCCUGCGGUCCCUGUCUCUGGCUCAGAACCGGCUGGCGGAGCUGCCCACGGAGACCUUCCAGCCCCUUCGGCGGCUCCGGGAGCUGAGGCUGAGCGACAACUGCCUGACGCGCCUCCCGCCACAGCUCUUCUGGCCCCUCCCGGAGCUCCGGGAGCUCUUUCUGGAUGGGAACGGCCUGGCUGAGCUGCCCGGGGGACUCUUUGCGGGCCUGCGGCGGCUGCGGCGGCUGCAUUUGCAGCACAACGCCUUCCGGCACCUGGAGCCACCCUCCCUCUUCUCCCCACUGCCCUGCUUGGCUUUCCUGCUGCUGGACGGCAACCAGCUGGUGGAGCUGCCUGCGGGGCUCUUCCAGGGGACCCCCAACCUGGUGGAGCUCUCCUUGACCCACAACCGGCUCCGGGAGCUCCCACGGGGGCUCUUCGGCAACCUCUCCGAGCUGUCCGUCCUCCGCCUGUCCCACAACUACCUCACCCGGGUGGCCGCGGGGGCUCUCCAGGGCUUGGCCGGCCUGGCCCGGCUGCAGCUGGGCCACAACCGUCUCGCCCUCCUCCCUGAGGGAGCCUUUGCCGACCUCAGCAGCCUGGAGGCCUUGGACCUGGCCGGCAACCGGCUGGAGAGCCUGCCGGAGGGGAUCUUUGACGCCAACGAGGCCCUGGUCAGCCUGACUUUGGAGGGCAACCCCUGGGUCUGCGACUGCCGCCUGGCACCCCUGGCGGACUGGCUGCGGUCUCUGGACCACCCGUUCAGCUCCCGGGUCUUCUGCCGGGGUCCUGCCCCCUUGAAGGGCAGGACUCUCCUGGCUGCCAGGAAGGAGCGCCUGCUUUGCCCCCGUCAGCCUGGAAGUGCCCGUUGCUGAGAGGACGCUUGGGGCCCCUCCGGGGAGCCGGGCACCCUGGCCCAGAGUACUUAGAGGCUCAGGCAGUUGGCUGAUGAGGACCGGAGGUCAGCCAGUGUUGAGAAGGGCCCCCCUGCCACGCCCAGGCAGCCGGGCGCCAGCAGGCAAGGGCAUUUCCCAACCCAGACAUUUCUGCAGCCCCGUUGGGGUGGGGGAUAAACACUUUUCUGGGGGUCUCCUGUUGGACAGCUGGAUACAUGUUGAAAUGCACCCCCACCUGCAGCUUCUGUGCUGCGGUGCCUAAUGUGCGGGCGGGGGAUGUUGUAUCUCGCAGUCCACAGCUGGCGUCCCUGCAGUGAAACUGCCACAGCCUUAUGGGGGAGGGGGAGGGGGGGCGCAGGCUGAAGAGGUCCCUUCUUCUGCUUCCCCUGGGAGAAGGGAAGUGGGAGAAGUGGGUCUUGCCUGCCCUGGGGGGCACCCCAAAGCCAUGCUGCCCCACCUCCUCUCCCCUUCAGCUGUCCCCCCCCUUAUCUGGGUGUACCUUCCCC